AUGUCGGCCAUUGUGCCCCCGCCGCCGGCGUUCCCGCCCCCGCAGAUGAUGGCGUACGGCGUGGCCGAGGGGGCGGCGGCAUCGAGCGGCUCGUACGGUCCGGUGAUCGCCAUGCUGGCCGUCCUCGCCGUGCUCGCGGCGGUGGCCGUGGCCGUGGGGCGGCUCUGCUUCGGGCGCCGCGCGCUCGGCCGGGCCGGCGGCCACGACCUGGAGGGCUGGGUGGAGCGGAAGUGCGGGCCGUGCGUGGGCGCCGGCGUGCACUCUUCCGCCCCCGUCGGCGACCAGGCGAAGCAGGAGGAGGGUGACGACACGGCGGAGCUGCAGGAGCAGCCGCCUGAAAGAACGGAGCCAGGGGAGUGCAGUGGCAGUGGCAGUGCUGGUCGGUCCUGAGACCAAUUGCUCUUGCUGCGCACUGUAAAUGGUUCCCUCAUUCUUCCCUUAGAAUUCGUUUUGGAAUUUUUCAACUGGUAGCUAGCAAUGUCUACGUAAUUCCGUAUUUGGAGCCUCCAUUUUUCUCUUAAAAUUCCGUGGGAGUGAGACUCGUGAUGUGUGUGCUGAUUUGAUGAUUUGGAGCCUCCAGCGAAUGGCAUGCGAAACAGG